CAGGAUACUUGACUUGAUCAGAUCGGACGAAAGACACAGGAAGUCAAGUAGCAGAAAAGGCCCAUUAUCUGUUGCUGGGCGAAAGACGAUGUACUAAGAAAGCAGAUUGCUUGAUGAAUCUCCACAGAAUCUCGAGGGACGGGGAACUGGGUUUGACUCAUCUUUUAUCGUCCUUUAGGUCAACACCCAGAAUAUUCUACCACCUUCACACUCCCCCGCUCUGGAACAACCCAUCAGCAAAGCCCAACACAAGACCAUUCAGCAUGGCCUCGAGUGACCCGUCUGGGGCGGACUGGACUUCUAGAAAAGUUCGAGAUACUUUUCUUCAAUAUUUCAAAGGGAAUGGCCAUACAUUCGUUCCCUCGUCCCCUGUUGUGCCUCACGCUGAUCCAACGCUGCUGUUCACCAAUGCUGGAAUGAACCAGUUCAAGUCUAUCUUCCUAGGCACAGUCGAUCCCCAAUCUGAUUUUGGCAAACUCAGAAGUGCGGUCAACUCCCAGAAGUGUAUUCGUGCUGGAGGAAAGCAUAAUGAUCUUGAUGAUGUCGGCAAGGACAGUUAUCACCAUACAUUUUUCGAGAUGCUCGGAAACUGGAGCUUCGGUGAUUACUUCAAGAAAGAAGCAAUUUGCUACUCAUGGGAAUUGUUGACGACAGUAUAUGGCUUGGAUCCCCAACGUCUCUACGUUACAUACUUCGAAGGUAACAAGGAAGGUGGUCUAGAGCCCGACCUUGAGGCGAAGGAGCUCUGGAAAUCCGUCGGUGUCCCUGAAGAUCACAUCCUUCCUGGAAAUAUGAAGGAUAACUUCUGGGAAAUGGGUGACCAGGGUCCUUGUGGACCCUGCAGUGAGAUCCAUUAUGAUCGGAUCGGUGGGCGUAAUGCUGCCCAUCUCGUGAAUCAAGACGACCCCAACGUCCUUGAAAUAUGGAAUAACGUCUUCAUACAGUAUAAUCGCGAGUCAGACCGUUCUCUGCGACCCCUUCCCAACAAGCAUGUCGAUACUGGAAUGGGAUUUGAGAGGCUGGUGUCGGUAUUGCAGGACAAAUCGUCUAACUAUGACACCGACGUCUUCUCUCCCCUAUUUCAGGUAAUUAGAGAUGUCACUGGAGCCCGUGAAUAUCGCGGGCAGUUUGGGGCGGAUGAUUCGGAUGGCAUUGACACUGCGUAUCGUGUCAUCGCAGACCAUAUUCGCACCCUGAUGUUUGCAAUUUCGGAUGGUGUCAUGCCGAACAACGAGGGACGUGGGUAUGUUAUUCGCCGGGUGUUACGCCGAGGGGCACGUUACGCUCGAAAGUACUUCCAAGUUGAGAUUGGAAGCUUCUUUUCUAAGCUUGUGCCCACUGUCGUGGAACAACUUGGUGGAAUGUUUCCAGAAUUGAAGAAAAAACAGUUUGAUGUCAUGGAAAUACUUGACGAAGAGGAGAUGUCAUUUGCUAAAACGCUCGAUCGUGGUGAGCGACAAUUUGAACAUUAUGCUCAGCAAGCCAAAGCCAAGGGCGACGAAAAGCUUCAUGGCGCCGAUGUCUGGAGACUCUAUGAUACCUUUGGGUUCCCUGUCGACUUAACGCGUAUCAUGGCAGAAGAGCGCGGGUUGCAAAUCGAUGACAGUGAGUUUGAGGAAGCGCGCCUCAAAGCCAAGGAAGCGAGCAAGGGACAAAAAAAAGCGGCAGCCGACACAGUCAAGUUGGACGUUCACGACUUAGGCAAGCUAGAAUUAAUGAGCGACGUCGUCAAGACUGAUGAUACAGCGAAGUUUGGAAAGGGUAAUAUCAAUGCCCAGGUGAAGGCUAUUUAUCACGGCAAAUGCUUCCACUCAUCUACGGCAGAUAUACAGAGCGGCGAACAGCUUGGGAUAAUCCUCGAUCGUACGAAUUUCUAUGCAGAACAAGGAGGGCAGGAAAAUGAUACUGGCAGAAUUAUCAUUGAUGGCGAAGCAGAGCUUGAGGUUGGCGAUGUUCAGCUCUAUGCUGGCUAUGUUUUGCAUACAGGAUUCAUGAAGUAUGGUACCCUAGCGGUUGGAGACACGGUCAUUUGCGAAUAUGACGAACUCCGCCGGUGGCCAAUUCGCAACAACCACACCGGAACACAUAUACUCAACUUCGCUUUGAAGUCGGUUUUAGGUGACGGCAUUGAGCAGAAAGGCUCACUUGUUGCUGCGGAAAAGCUCAGAUUUGACUUUUCACAUAAGUCACCCGUCACAGACAAAGACUUGGCCAGAAUCGAGGAAAUAUCAACUGAAUAUAUUCGUCAGAAUUGUGCAGUCUACUCGCAAGAGGUUCCCCUGGCCAUCGCUCGUCAAAUUUCAGGAGUUCGGGCUGUAUUCGGCGAAACAUAUCCCGAUCCUGUCCGUGUUGUCUCCGUUGGAGUGGAAAUUGGUGAGAUUCUGGACAAUGUCACUGAUCCUAGAUGGCAAGAAGUAAGUAUUGAAUUCUGCGGCGGAACACACGUGCAGAAAACAGGCGACAUCAAGGAUCUUAUAAUCCUGGAGGAGGGAGGCAUAGCCAAAGGUAUUCGCCGAAUCAUUGCGGUUACUGGCGAGGAUGCCCAUGCAGUGCAACGCAUUGCAGUGGAGUUCGGUAAGCGACUCGAUAGACUCGAAACUAUGCCUCUAGGCUUGGAGAAAGAGAAAGACGCGAAACAGAUCCAGGCGGAGCUGAAUCAGCUAUCGAUUUCUGCUCUUCAGAAGUCUGGUUUCCGAGAACGCUUCGCUCGCAUCAACAAACAAAUUCUUGACGAGCAAAAGGCGCAGCAAAAGCUCGAGUCCAAAACAGCCCUUGACACUAUCACCGGUUAUUUUCAAAAUCCGGCGAACAAAGACAAGUCCUGGCUGGUUGCUAAACUUCCCAUUUCUGCUAAUGCAAAGGCCGUCAGCGAAGCUAUCAACUAUGUAAAGUCCAAGUUGUCUGAUAAGACAAUCUAUGUUAUGGCUGCAAGCUCCGAGCAAGGCCGUGUUGCGCAUGGUUGUCACGUCGCUAAGGCAACGAGUGAUCAAGGCGCAUCGGCCACCGAGUGGGCUACUGUUGUGUCUAGCGCAGUCGGAGGGAAGGCCGGCGGCAAGGGACCUACUUCUGUCGGCAACGGAACAAAUCCUGAAAAAGUCGAUGAAGCCAUUGAUCUGGCAUCCGACUAUCUUUCCAGGUUCAAACUAUAGAAUGGGUGUCUCUAUUCGCUUGUUUUUGGGCCUCAUGUUACCUAAGUUGAACAGCUAUUAUGAUCACCUUCUUGGCAUCAGUCUAUCAAC